AUGGAGAUCUCAGAUAGCGCGGGCUCCCCCUCUGGGCUGCUGCGGUAUUACACGGAGAUCUCAGGGAGCGCAGGCUCCCCUGCAGGCUUACUGCCCGUGAUACGGGAGAUCUCAGAUGGCGCGGAGGGCUCCCCUCUGGGCUGCUGCGGUAUUACACGGAGAUCUCAGAUAGUGCGGGCUCCCCCUCUGGGCUGCUGCGGUAUUACAUGGACAUCUCAGAGAGCGGGCUCCCCCUCUGGGCUGCUGCGGUAUUACAUGGAGAUCUCAGAUAGCGCGGGCUCCCCCUCUGGGCUGCUGCGGUAUUACACGGAGAUCUCAGAUAGCGCGGGCUCCCCCUCUGGGCUGCUGCGGUAUUACACGGAGAUCUCAGAUAGCGCGGGCUCCCCCUCUGGGCUGCUGCGGUAUUACACGGAGAUCUCAGAUAGCGCGGGCUCCCCCUCUGGGCUGCUGCCGUAUUACAUGGAGAUCUGA